AUGGUUGAGAUUGUUGGGAAGUUACAAGCAUUUAGGUAUCUCCAAAUCGACGAACAAGUGGCUAGAUUUUUGUAUAUUUUGGCUCACCAUGUGAAAAACCGUGUGGCAAAGUUCCAAUUUCGUAGAUCAGGAGAGACAAUUAGUAAACAUUUUAAUAAUGUAGUGAAUGCUAUAAUUGGAUUGGAAAAAGAAUUGUUUAAGAAACCUGAGCCCGUAUCAGAAACUUCAACAGAUGAAAGAUGGAAAUGGUUCAAGAGAUGUUUAGGAGCAAUAGAUGGGACACAUAUAAUUGUACAUGUACCAGAGAAAGACAAACCAAGAUAUAGGAAUCGAAAAGUAGAAAUAACAACAAAUGUCCUUGCUGCUUGCACUCCUGAUAUGCAAUUCAUUUACGUAUUACCAAGCUGGGAAGGAUCUGCUGCUGAUGGUAGAAUACUACGUAGUGCAAUGCUUCGAGAAAAUGGGUUACAAGUAGCUAAAGGUAACUAUUAUCUUGUUGAUGUCGGAUAUACUAAUGGUGAAGGCUUCCUUGCACCAUUUAGAGGUCAAAGAUAUCAUUUGAAUACUUGGCUGAAUGGACAUCGACCAGAAAAGACUAAAGAAUAUUUUAACAUGAAACACUCAGCGACAAGGAAUGUCAUAGAACGUUGCUUUGGAGUAUUAAAAAAAAGAUGGGCUAUACUUAGAAGUCCAUCAUUCUAUCCCAUUCGGACACAAACUAAGAUAAUUCUUGCUUGUUGCCUUCUACAUAACUUCAUACGAAAAGAAUUGCCUUAUGAUCCACUUAACGAUGAUGAAGUUAUUGACACAAACAAUGAUGACGACGAUGCAGAUCUUGGAUCACAAGUCGAGCAUAUAACAACAAUUGGAAAAUCAAAUGAAUGGACAAGUUUUAGAGAAAACAUGGCUACCUCAAUGUUUAAUUCAUGGAGAUUUAGGCAUAACUGA